AGGAAGUGAGGGAGGGAGUAUAAUGGUACCUGGCACCCAGAGCGUCCCGCACUGUGGCAGGUGAGAGCGGCCACCCGGGUCAGUGUUUCUGGAGGCAUGUUUGCGUGUGUAGUGACGCUCCUCGCUCUCUCCGCCUUCUCUAUAGGCGGGGUAGAGGCCCAGCACAACCAGCAAGUUGUGUGCUACUUGGGGUCAUGGGCGGUCUACAGACCGGGAGCGGGCAAGUUCGACAUAGAAAACAUCGACCCAACUCUCUGUACCUCCCUCAUCUACUCCUUCGUUGGCCUCAAUGAGACCAACUUCUCUAUCACGUCUCUUGAUGUCGAAUACGACAUUAACAAAAAGGCUCUUGAAAGGUUCGUCAAUAUGAAGAGUCUGAACCCACGACUGAAGGUGCUAGUGGCUAUUGGAGGCUGGACGGAAGGUUCCACCAAGUACUCAGCUAUGGCUAAAACUGAAACAAGCAGGAAAGCCUUCAUCAACUCAGCUGUUCAAUUCAUCCAAACUCACAAGCUGGAUGGUCUCGACUUAGAUUGGGAAUACCCGGCCAACAGAGGAGGUGUUCCAGAGGACAAGGAAAACUUUGUUGAACUGGUCAAGGAGCUGCGUAAGGAAUUCAACAAAUAUGGCUGGAUGCUCACGGCUGCCAUGGCUGCAGGAAAAUCUACAAUUGAAACAGCUUAUGACGUUGAUGACUUGGUCGACGAACUAGAUUAUAUCCACAUCAUGGCUUACGAUUAUCACGGCAAGUGGGAUGGAAAGACUGGGCUCAAUGCUCCGUUGUAUUAUAGAGACGAUGAAUCUGAUGAUGACCAGGUUCUUAAUGUAGAUGCCACAGUGAAGCUUUACCUGAAGUUAGGAGCCCCGGCACACAAGCUAGUGCUUGGUGUUGGCUUCUACGGGAGGACCUUCCUUCUUAGCGAUCCCUCCAACUCUGGCAUCGAUGCCCCAUCGCUCUCCACUGCCUUUGCUGGGCCCUACACCAGGGAAGACGGCUUCCUUGGCUACAAUGAGAUCUGCGAGAAACAAAGGGCCGAGGCUGGGGCGUGGAACAUUGUAUGGCAGAAGUCCCACCAGGCGCCUUAUAUGUUCCGUGACAACAUGUGGGUUGGUUACGAUGAUGACGUUUCUCUGGCCCUGAAGGUUGCUUAUGCUCAGAGUCUUGGCCUCGGGGGCAUCAUGAUCUGGUCCAUAGACACUGAUGACUUCACAGGUGUCUGCUCGCCGAAGAACAUCAGGUUCCCACUCCUGCGCGCCAUCAAUGGUGCCCUCGCUCUCAAUGCUGAUAAGCGCCCUCAGGCCACUCCUGCCCUACCCAAGCCAGUCUCACCACCAGUCUCGCCGCCAGUCUCGCCACCAGUCUCACCGCCUGUCUCACCGCCAGUCUUGCCACCAGUUUCACCAACGAGACCCACUCAACCAUCGAGACCAAUUCUACCAAUUCCGACUAAGCCUGUGGAUAUUGAUCACGAUGACACUGAUCACGAUGAUAAAAUUGACUUGGAUGAUGAUGAUGGUAAAAUUGACUUGGAUGUGGACAAUGAUCUCAAUAACUACAAAUAUAAUACUGACAGUAGCAGGUCUUCAAAGGUUGGUGCUGGAGGAGGGUCGAGCACAUUCACACCAGCGCUCUCCAUCUUGGUGGCACUUGUGAUGGCAGCUGUAGUGGCCCGCUGAUCUUUCUUAAUGAGCUAAAUCUCAGUGCUCUUUUUAUCAACUCUCUUUGGAGAACUACAAACCAGUUAUACUCCUUGUUUAGUUCUUCAACACAAUUUCCAAUUCCUUUCAAAGUUCCAGAGUUAUUUAAUCCAAGUCUGUUUUUAAAACUAUUCCUGUGUUUUCUGUAACAUGUAUUUAGACAGUGUUUCCUCUCAAGUUUUGAGGAAAUGAACAGCAGCCUCUAUUUAGAUCUCUCUUUAUUGCGCUCCGUCAUUUAUGUGCUGCUUUCCUUGACUGUAUAUUUCACAUAUAAAAUAUUUAAGUUUUCACAGCUUUGUUAUCUAUUAUACAACAUUAUAUAAUUUCUUUACUAUUUCCAUACUGUCAAUCUCUUGAUAUAAAAUAUAUCUUAGCACUGGCUUCUUUGCAUCUGCAUAUUCCUACACUAAGUCUUUAGACAUAUAGUAUAUAUCUUAAUAUAUCAAUUUACAACAUUUUCUUCGUGUAGAUAUCUUUUCUAUAUUGAUAUUAAAUAAAUCUUGGCUAAUCAGGAAAACCUUUUCACACAGAACAUAUUUAAAUAUAAUAUUCCUUAAUUGUCUCCCCCUAAGAAACUUGCAAAGGCCUCUCAAAUUUUGUUGUCACACCUGUCAUAAGUGCAUUCAUCACUCGCCUGUGAAUGACAAUAAUAAUUAUUUUCUUUAUAAUGGUCAUAAUAGCAAACAGAUAUUAUAUAUACAUAUAGUAGAAAUGCAGUACACAUAAUCUUACAUGCAUGCAUACUGAACAUAUGAAUAUACAUUAAAGUUUAUAUAUGCAAAUCGUUUUAGAUCUUACAAUAUCUGUGGAAAGUAUAACUGUAGUUUAUUUUGUUUCAAUAAAUUGAGUUUUGAGACAAUUUUGUCCUGUAUGCUACUGUAUUUGGCAACAUCACUCUUGCUUAACACAAGGUUGAGAACACCAAAUAAUUUAUCAUUAUAGGGAAAGUAUACACAUUUUUGUCAAAUGUUGAAAGUCUUUCAAAAUUGUUAUUUUCAAUUUAGUAUAGAGCUAAGAAUGUACUGUAUAUUGAUAAAGUUGCAGUGCAGCAUCAGUCCACAUAUUCAAAUAAAGUUUGGUGUUGCUACAACUUGUCUCCCGAAUUGUCCUGCAUUUCCAAAAGGAUUUAUUCAGGUUUACAGAAGUUAUUAAUACUGUAGAGGAUGUUAUAUUAUACAAAAUAUUUGACUUUUAAUCAUGUUGGCAGUUUAGAGUACAGUACUUAACUUUUAUACAAAAAAUUGUGGGUACAUGCACAGGUGUUUGUAAUAUACAUAGAUGUGUGUAACUUAAAUUAGUACAUAAUGAAUAUUACAUAUUCUUGCAAAGAUGUAAAUAAAGAUUUAACUAAUUAGUUU